AGUAUUCGCAAUCAAAGCCUAGUCGCAAUCGAGCGAGCAGCACAAUCACAUCACGUUGUUAUCUUACAAUCUCUGUUCGGAUAUCGGAUAUGGACCGCUGGGUAGGAAAAGUGGCCGUAGUGACCGGAGCAAGUUCCGGCAUUGGUGCUGGUAUCGCAAAGGAUUUGGCCAAGGCCGGUAUGGUGGUUGUUGGACUGGCUCGCCGAGUGGAACGUAUUGAAGCGUUGAAAGCGCACUUGCCGGAAUCGGCUAGAAGUCGGCUACACGCGGUCAAGUGUGAUGUAUCCAAGGAAGAGAACAUCCAGCAGGUGUUCCAAUGGGUGGAGAAGAAGUUCGGAGGCGUUGACGUGCUGGUCAACAAUGCCGGAAUGCUGCGGCAAACGGAUCUGUUGGAGACCGGGAAUGCUCAAAUGAUACGUGAUACGUUGGAUGUCAAUGUGAUGGGACUGGUGCUGUGCAGUCAGAUCGCUUAUCAAUCGAUGAAGAAGCGCUCGGUCGAUGGCCAUAUUGUGCACAUCAACAGUGUUACCGGUCACAAAGUGUUCGAUAUUCCGCAGUCGAAUAUCUAUCCAGCAACGAAGCACGCAGUCACGGCCAUCACGGAAACGAUGAGGAACGAACUGAGGAACGCCGGAUCAAAAAUUAAGGUUACGAGUAUUAGUCCAGGUGUAGUUAGCACCGAAAUCAUACCGGAAGCGAUGCUAGGAGCAGGCCUCCCUAUGUUGGAAGCGGAAGACAUUUCGGGAGCUGUAUUGUACGUUCUUGGAACACAUCCUCGGGUGCAAAUUCAUGAAUUGAUCAUUAAACCUGUUGGCGAAAAAUUUUAGUUACCGAAUCGAUGUGCUGUGUUGAAGUUAUUUUGGAAUAG